AGGGUGGAAGGCGGGAGGGCCGGCCGGGUGCGGGGACCAGCUCUGCAGAAGCCAGGUCGAGCCCUCGGCUUCUGGGUCGCGCACGGUCGGCGUCUGGGCCUCGGCGGGAGGUGCGGCCGCCCUGCCGCGCCCGGGGCCGCCGCGAUGCCGUUCCUGCACGGCUUCCGGAGGAUCAUCUUCGAGUACCAGCCGCUGGUGGAUGCGAUUCUGGGCUCCCUGGGGAUCCAGGACCCCGAGCGGCAGGAGCCUCUGGACGGGCCCGGCUAUGUCGCCAGCGAGGAGAGCCGCAUCCUCGUUCUCACUGAGCUGCUGGAGAGAAAGGCCCACUCCCCGUUUUACCAGGAAGGGGUGAGCAACGCCCUGCUGAAGGUGGCCGAGCUGGGGCUGACGCGGGCCGCUGGCGUCCUCCUGCGCAGCGGGGCCAACCUCGACUUUGAAGACCCCGUCACUUACUACACGGCCCUGCACAUCGCCGUCCUGCGAAACCAGCCCGACAUGGUGGAGCUGCUGGUGCGCCACGGGGCCGACAUUAACCGGAGGGACCGGAUCCACGAGAGCAGCCCCCUGGACCUGGCCAGCGAGGAGCCGGAGCGGCUGCCCUGCCUGCAGCGCCUGCUGGACCUUGGAGCGGACGUCAACGCGGCCGACAAGCACGGGAAGACUGCCCUGCUGCACGCCCUGGCCAGCAGCGAUGGGGUGCAGAUCUACAACACCGAGAACAUCCGGCUCUUACUGGAAGGAGGGGCAGACGUCAAGGCCACCACCAAGGACGGGGACACCGUGUUCACCUGCAUCAUCUUCCUGCUCGGGGAGACCGUGGGAGGGGACAAGGAGGAGGCCCGGAUGAUCAGCCGCUUCUGCUUCCAAGCCACGCAGCUGCUGCUGGCCCACGGCGCCGACCCCAGCGAGUGCCCGGCCCACGAGUCCCUCACCCACAUCUGCCUCAAGAGCUUCAAGCUGCACUUCCCACUGCUGCGCUUCCUGCUGGAGUCCGGGGCGGCCUAUAACUGUUCCCUGCACGGCGCGUCCUGCUGGUCCGGCUUCCACAUCGUCUUCGAGCGGCUCUGCUCGCACCCGGGCUGCGCCGAGGACGAGAGCCACGCGGACCUGCUGCGCAAAGCCGAGACCGUCCUGGAUCUCAUGGUGACGAGUUCCCAGAGACUCCAGCUGCCCGCGAACUUUGACGUCCACCCCGUGGGCAGCCUGGCCGAGAAGAUCCGGGCCCUUCACUUCUCCUUGAGGCAGCUGGAGAGCCGCCCCCCGUCCCUCAAGCACCUGUGUCGCGUUUGCAUCCGCCUCUGUCUUCAGCCCUGGCCGGUGGACGUGAAGGUCAAGACCCUGCCUCUGCCCGACAGGCUGAAGUGGUACCUCCUUAGUGAGCACAGUGGCACCACGGAGGAGGACAUGUGACUGCGGCGGCCUCGGGGAGCACCUUCAGGCCUUCUGUCCGAAGCUACGGGGUGGGAGACUGAGUACCAAGAAAACCAGGUGGAGCCUAGUGGCUACGGUCACCCCAGUGAGAAAAGGCUCGGUCUUCCAGGGGGACCACGCUGGGAAAAGGGAUCAGGUUCAGAUCUGGGACAGGUGUACUCUGUCAGUCGGCGGGGAGCACCGGGCGGGGUGGCUCUGAGGCUGGGUCCUGCCAAGAGCUGCAGGUGGCUGGUCCGUCCUGCAUGGGGCCCAGCUGACGGGGCAGGGAGUACGGGGGUGGGGGAUGGGGGGCCUGUCCCUGCCCCCCUCCCCACGCUAGAGGAUGUCACAUCCGGAAGUGCUUUCGGGGGGCCAGGGAGGCCAAGCCAAUGCCUGCUGCCUCUGGCAGCGCCGGGGCCUAGUCAUCCAGCCGCAGACCAGGCUCUGGUGGUGGCUCUGUGCGAACCCUGGGGUCCUGGGGGACUGUGCCUUCUGAUGACAAGUAAUCCUGCAUGAUCAGGGACCGCCCUUUCCGAAACGUCUCGAUUUUGGGAGGGGCACAUUGGAUGAAGAGCGCCACCAGCCCUGACCGCGCUGCUGUAGGCACUGAGCCCUCACCAAGCCAAGUCAGUGUCACGCGUGUCACUGAAUUGUGCCAGUGCCUUGGGAAGAAGCUGAAGCGAGUAAAUGAUUCAUUAUAACGUGA